UGUAGAGAGAGAUUUUAUAUAAACCCCCUGUGGGUUCUAUAGCGUUUCAACAAGAAGAAUAUAAUAUUUUUCCAAGUCGAUCAAAAGUGCUCUUCUGCUCAUCUUCCUCCGUCUGAGACAAUGGAUGGGAAGAAAUUGGAGUACAAAGGCGAGGAGGCAUUGAAGGAGAUUGAGAGGCUCACACAAAAGGCUGACGAAGUUCAAAAGAACAUCUUGAAAGAAAUCUUAACCCGAAACAGAGAAACUGAGUAUCUCAACAAGUAUAUGAAAGGAUCAAAAGAUGUCUUAGAGUUCAAGCUUAAUGUUCCUGUCAUUACUUACAAGGGUAUCCGCCCCUUUAUCCAAAGAAUUGCUAAUGGUGAAGACUCCUCUCUCAUUUCUGGUCACCCCAUUACGGAAAUGCUUAGCAGUUCAGGGACUUCAGCUGGAGCGCCUAAGUUGAUGCCUUCAAUAGCAGAAGAUCUUGACAGAAGAACAUUUUUAUACAAUCUCAUCAUGCCAAUCAUGAAUCAAUAUGUCUCCGGUCUUGACGGGGGAAAGGCGAUGUACCUUUAUUUUAUCAAGGCAGAAAUGUCUACACCCUGCGGAUUACCCGCGCGGGCUGUGCUGACGAGCUUCUACAAAAGCAAGCACUUCAAGUGCCGCGCGCGCGACCCUUUCAACGACUAUACAAGCCCCGACCAAGCCAUUUUGUCCAACGACAGCAGCCAAAGCAUGUAUUGCCAGCUGCUCGCGGGGCUAAUCCACCGCCACCAAGUCCUCCGGCUAGGGGCGGUUUUUGCCUCUGCUUUUCUCCGAGCAAUCUCGUUCCUCGAACGGAAUUGGGUUCGUCUCUGCGACGACAUCCGCACCGGCCAACUGGACCUGACCAUCACCGACCCCCGAUGCCGUUCGGGGAUGUCCGCUGUGCUUUCGUCGCCGGACCCGCGUCUUGCGAGCGAGAUCUACGACAUCUGCAGCCGUUCAUCGUGGAAGGGUGUUUUGUGCCGCCUUUGGCCUAGAGCUAAGUACAUUGAGGCUGUGGUGACCGGCUCCAUGGCACAGUAUAUACCGGCGCUGGAGUAUUACAGUGAUGGGAAAUUGCCCUUGGUUUCCACCAUGUACGCCUCGUCGGAAUGUUACUUCGGCGUCAACUUGAAGCCGUUAUGUGACCCCGCCGACGUUGCGUUUACCCUCAUGCCCAACAUGUGUUAUUUUGAAUUUAUACCAUUGGGAGAGAAUGGUACAAUGUUAAUGGACGUCGGUGAAGAAGAGGAGGUGAACAGUGAUAAGCUUGUCGACCUGGUGCAGGUUAGGCUCGGCUGCUAUUAUGAAUUGGUCGUCACUACUUUUGCUGGGCUAUAUCGAUAUCGUAUUGGUGAUGUGCUGCAAGUGACUGGAUUCCACAAUACAGCCCCUCAGUUCAGAUUCAUCUGCAGGAGAAAUGUCCUCCUCAGCAUUGACAAUGACAAAACCAACGAAGAGGAUUUGCAUAAGAGCAUCACUGCGGCAAAGAAAUUGCUGGAGCCUUACAAUGCUUUGCUGGUGGAGUACACAAGCUAUGCAGACACGUCAACUUUGCCUGGACAUUAUGUAUUGUUUUGGGAAAUCCAACUUCAUGGAUCAAAGGCUGCAGGCAUGGGUGCAGCCAUUGCAGUACUUGAUGAUAAGGUGCUCCAAGAAUGUUGCAUUGCUGUGGAAGAAGAGCUUGACUACAUAUACAGAGGAUGCCGAGUAAAUGAGAGGUCUGUAGGGCCCCUUGAGAUUCGUGUGGUGGAGCCUGGCACUUUUGAGGAAUUGAUGGACUUGUUCAUCGACCGAGGUGGGUCGAUAAACCAAUAUAAAACGCCGAGGUGCAUCAAAUCUAAAGCAGCUCUCAAGCUGCUUAAUUCUCAUGUCAAGGCAUCUUUUUUUAGCCCUAGGGAUCCAAAGUGGGUUCCUUAGAAUACUAUUGUCUUAUGUAUGUGCAAGCUAGACUUAUCUUACCUAUAGUACUAGCUAUGCUAAUAAUCUUCCUUUCAUGCUAGUAGCUAGCUAGACAUAUAAUAUAUAUAGUCUUUAGCAGUUUGAAGGGGCCGGGGUGCAUCAUAAGUUGGUGCCACUGCCUUUGCAUGUGGAGCAAUUUUAUAUAUAUAUAUGCCUUUUUGGUGAACUCAUGUAUUCAUCAUUUAUCUAUGACUUUAUGAAAAAAGGGGAGCAAGAAUGUUUGGGUAU